AGGAACAACUUUCUCUCCAAUGGCUGGAGAGGAGAGGAGGGCACACAGAGCCUCAUUAAAUCCACUGCAGAGAGAGGGAGUACAGCAGGCUGGCAAGUGAGGAGAGGAUGCAGAGGUGGAGAAUUUAGCUGGAGCAGUCAAGCAGAGAGUAGGCAGUGAGUGAACAGGACAGUCUGCAGCACAGAGUGACAGCGGGAACCUGCACCCACUCCUGGCACACACCUGGCACACUGGGUACCUGCACCUGCUCUCAGGACUUUCACCUCUUUAACACCUGGAGACACAGGAUGGAGAUACAUUUUCUGAUAGUUUGUGUCUUCCUCACAGCCAUGCUGCGGAAAAGUAAGUUUAUGUGAAACUGUGCAUACAGGGAGGGAUGGAGGAAUGGAUGGAUAGAGGGAUAGAGGGAUGGAAGUGAUGGAUGGACGGAGGGAUGGAUGGAGGAAUGUAGGGAUGAAUUGAUUGAGAGAUGGAGGGAUGAAUGGAUGGCAGGAUAGAAGGGUAACUAAUAUAGUCAAGAGGACAUCUAAAGUACAUUUUAAUUACUAUGUUCUUUAUAAAGCACCAACCUACAUGUAAGCGCAGUACAAAAGGCUCUUACAAAGUACAGAUGGCAAGGUUUAUUUAUUGCUAUAUAAUUAGCUGGACUAUGCGUUAGCCAUGCAGGUUUUUUGUUUUUUUUGCUCUGUGCUGGUCACUGAAUGAUACAAUUUUGUACAAAGUAAUGUAAAAUCCCCAAUCAUAUGUACCCCAUGAAAUCUUGGGGGCACUGAGAAUCUCUGGGGUCCUCCAAGGCCACAUGCAGUAUUUAGGGGAACCAACUACAGAUUUAUAAUAUUGAGAAAGAUAAAUUUAAUAUAAGACAGCUGGUCCCAGUCAUACCCCAGGCCCAGUAUCAGUGGUGGGUGACAGGGGGACUCUCCCAUGGGUGGGGGCAGGGGGUCUCUCCCAGUGGUGGGGGCAGAGGGUCUCCACCAGGGAUGGGGGGCAGUGGUAGGGGCAUAGUGUCUCUCCUAGGGGUUGGGGAACAGAGAGUCUCUCCCAGUGAUGGGGGGGGACAUGGAGUCUCUCCCAGUGGUGGGGGGACAGGGAGUCCCUCCUAGUAAUGGGGGACAGGGGGUCUCUCCCAGUGGUGGGGGAACAAGAAGUCUCUCCCAGUGGUGGGGGGACAGGGAGUCUCUCCCAGUGGUGCGGGGACAGGGAGUCUCUCAGUGGUGAGGGACAGGAGUCCCUCCCAGUAAUGGGGGACAGGGGUCUCUCCAGUGGUGGGGAACAAGAAGUCUCUACCAGUGGUGGGGGCAGGAAGUCUCUUCCAGUUGUGGGGGACAGGGUGCCUCCCAGGAUGAGGACAGGGUCUCUCCCAUGGUGGGGACAGGAAGUGUCUACCAGUGGGGGUGGGGUCUCCUCAGGGGUCUCUCCCAGUGAUGGGGGACAGGGAGUCUCUCCCAGUGAUGGGGGACAGGAGGUCUCUCCCAGUGAUGGGAGACAGGGGGUCUCUCCCAGUGAUGGGGUACAGGGUGUCCCUCCUAGUGAUGGGACAAGGGGUCUCUCCCAGUGGUGGGGAGGACAGGGAGUCUCUCCUAGUGAUGGGGACAGGUGGUCUCUCUCAGUGGUGGGGAGGACAGGGGGUCUCUCCCAGUGAUGGGGGAUAGGGAGUCUCUCAGUGGUGGGGGCAUGGUGUCUCUCCCACUGGUGGGGGACAGGGGGUCUUUCGCAAUGGUGGGGGGAAAGGGAUUCUCUCCCAGAGGUGGGGGGGUCUCUGCCAAUGGUGGGGGACAGGGGGUCUCUCCCAGUGAUGGGGGACAGGUGGUCUCUCUCAGUGGUGGGCGGGAAAGGGGGUCUUUCCCAGUGGUGGGGGGACAGGGUGUCUCUCCCAGGGGUGGGGGGGUCUCUCCCAAUGGUGGGGAGACAGGGGGUCUUUCCCAGUGGUGGUGGUGGGACAGGGGGUCUCUCCCAGGGGUGGGGGGGUCUCUCCCAAUGGUGGGGGGAAAGGGAGUCUUUCUGGUGGUGGUGGGACAGGGGGUCUCUCCCAGGGGUAGCAGAGAUAUUCCACUAUUAGUGAGAUUGUGCUGCUCACCUGCCAAGUUUUACUGCAGUAAUUAAGCCCUAUGCAGCCAGCAUCCUGCGGGAAUCACAAUUUCCAUUACUUGUACCUUAACCAGAGCAUCAUGUCAUUCAUUGUGCUAAUUAUAUGGGGACCAGUGCCAUAGUCACAGGUGUACCUCCUCCAACACAGCAAACAUGUGCAGGUUACUUAUUACACUUAUUGUCCUGUGUGUGUCUUUAAAUAAAGUAUACCUUCAUCUUAAUAAAAAGACUCCGUGUACCCAGCACUGUAUGUAAUAUGUAAUAAUGCUCUUUGUGUACCCAGCACUGUAUGUAAUAUGUAAUAAUGCUCUUUGUGUACCCAGCACUGUAUGUAAUAUGUAAUAAUGCUCUGUGUGUACCCAGCACUGCAUGUAAUAUAUAAUAAUGCUCUGUGUGUACCCAGCACUGCAUGUAAUAUGUAAUAAUGCUCUAUGUGUACCCAGCACUGCAUGUAAUAUAUAAUAAUGCUAUGUGUGUACCCAGCACUGCAUGUAAUAUAUAAUAAUGCUCUGUGUGUACCCAGCACUGCAUGUAAUAUAUAAUAAUGCUCUGUGUGUACCCAGCACUGCAUGUAAUAUGUAAUAAUGCUCUAUGUGUACCCAGCACUGCAUGUAAUAUAUAAUAAUGCUAUGUGUGUACCCAGCACUGCAUGUAAUAUAUAAUAAUGCUCUGUGUGUACCCAGCACUGCAUGUAAUAUAUAAUAAUGUUCUGUGUGUACCCAGCACUGCAUGUAAUAUGUAAUAAUGCUCUGUGUGUACCCAGCACUGCAUGUAAUAUAUAAUAAUGCUCUGUGUGUACCCAGCACUGCAUGUAAUAUGUAAUAAUGCUCUGUGUGUACCCAGCACUGCAUCUAAUAUAUAAUAAUGCUCUGUGUGUACCCAGCACUGCAUGUAAUAUAUAAUAAUGCUCUGUGUGUACCUAGCACUGCAUGUAAUAUAUAAUAAUGCUCUGUGUGUACCCAGCACUGCAUGUAAUAUAUAAUAAUGCUCUGUGUGUACCUAGCACUGCAUGUAAUAUGUAAUAAUGCUCUGUGUGUAGUGUGUGUACCUAGCACUGUAUGUAAUAUAUAAUAAUGCUCUGUGUGUACCCAGAACUGCAUGUAAUAUGUAACAAUGCUCUCUAUGUACCCAGCACUGCAUGUAAUAUGUAACAAUGCUCUCUAUGUAUCCAGCACUGCAUGUAAUAUAUAAUAAUGCUCUGUGUGUAGCCAGCACUGCAUGUCAUAUGCAGGCUGUUCUGUGUGACCUCUCUGUGUGUACCCAGCAGAGUGAGCAAUAUGCACAGUGCUGUGUAUAAGCUCAGUCCUCCCCCAUACAGCAGGAUGCACAGAGACUCUGGGCCCCUCUAGUGAUUAGUUUGAGAAAUGAGUCUGUCCGAGAAUAUAAUGAUGUAAAUUAAUUUAUAAUGCAGCUCUGUGUGCACCCAUGGCUGGAAUGUCAGUGUACUCAGCUCUGUGCGCUUUCAUGGCUGGAAUGUCAGUGUACUCAGCUCUGUGCCCUCUCAUGGCUGGAAUGUCAGUGUACUCAGCUCUGUGUGCUCUCAUGGCUAGAAUGUCAGUGUACUCAGCUCUGUGUGCUUUCAUGGCUGGAAUGUCAGUGUACCCAGCUCUGUGCCCUCUCAUGGCUGGAAUGUCAGUGUACUCAGCUCUGUGUGCUCUCGUGGCUAGAAUGUCAGUGUACUCAGCUCUGUGUGCUCUCGUGGUUAGAAUGUCAGUGUACUCAGCUCUGUGCGCUCUCAUGGUUAGAAUGUCAGUGUACUAAGCUCUGUGCCCUCUCGUGGUUAGAAUGUCAGUGUACUCAGCUCUGUGCGCUCCCAUGGCUAGAAUGUCAGUAUACUUAGCUCUGUGCCCUCUCAUGGCUGGAAUCUCAGUGUACUCAGCUAUGUGUGCUCUCAUGGCUGGAAUGUCAGUGUACUCAGCUCUGUGUGCUCUCAUGGUUAGAAUGUCAGUGUACUCAGAUCUGUGCGCUCUCGUGGUUAGAAUGUCAGUGUACUCAGCUCUGUGCGCUCUCGUGGUUAAAAUGUCAGUGUACUCAGCUCUGUGCGCCACCAUGGCUAGAAUGUCAGUGUACUUAGCUCUGUGCCCUCUCAUGGCUGGAUUCUCAAUGUACUCAGCUAUGUCUGCUCUCAUGGCUGGAAUGUCAGUGUACUCAGCUCUGUGUGCUCUCAUGGUUAGAAUGUCAGUGUACUCAGCUCUGUGCGCUCUCAUGGUUAGAAUGUCAGUGUACUCAGAUCUGUGUGCUCUCGUGGUUAGAAUGUCAGUGUACUCAGAUCUGUGUGCUCUCGUGGUUAGAAUGUCAGUGUACUCAGAUCUGUCUGCUCUCGUGGUUAGAAUGUCAGUGUACUCAGAUCUGUGUGCUCUCAUGGUUAGAAUGUCAGUGUACUUAGCUCUGUGUGCUCUCGUGGUUAGAAUGUCAGUGUACUCAGCUCUGUGUGCUCUCGUGGUUAGAAUGUCAGUGUACUCAGAUCUGUGUGCUCUCGUGGUUAGAAUGUCAGUGUACUCAGCUCUGUGUGCUCUCGUGGUUAGAAUGUCAGUGUACUCAGCUCUGUGCGCUCUCGUGGUUAGAAUGUCAGUGUACUCAGCUCUGUUUGCUCUCAUGGUUAGAAUGUCAGUGUACUCAGAUCUGUGUGCUCUCGUGGUUAGAAUGUCAGUGUACUCAGAUCUGUCUGCUCUCGUGGUUAGAAUGUCAGUGUACUCAGAUCUGUGUGCUCUCGUGGUUAGAAUGUCAGUGUACUCAGCUCUGUGUGCUCUCGUGGUUAGAAUGUCAGUGUACUCAGCUCUGUGCGCUCUCGUGGUUAGAAUGUCAGUGUACUCAGCUCUGUUUGCUCUCGUGGUUAGAAUGUCAGUGUACUCAGCUCUGUGCGCUCUCGUGGUUAGAAUGUCAGUGUACUCAGCUCUGUGCUGUGUAGAGAUUUCCGUAUGCGGAAAACACACACUGCAUAGGAGUGUAUCUUUUAUUUCAGCCCCGUAGAUUAUUAAUUCCAAACCAUCACUAUGGGACAUCUGUUUACCCUAUUCUAUAUGUACAAAGGAUAUAAUGUAUCUGCAGAGCAUGAAAAGGGUCUCUCUCGCUGAACGGGGAGCUGUUUGUGGCCAGGGGGUCUGUGUGAAUAAAUAUUAAUAAAUAUUGUAAAGGUCCAUACACCUGGCAUAUACGUAAAACCUCCCAGACAUAAAGCACCUGUGUGCAGCAUUCUAUAUCUCUAUCGAUGAAUAAUACACACACAGAGCCAUGUGUAUGUAUCAGGUCAUCCUAUACACAGUAUUAUUGUACUGCUCUGUAUAAAGCAAUAUAAUAUUACACAACAUACCAUUCGCUUACUGAUACAUAUUAGAACCAUAAAUCACUGAGAACAAGGUUAUUGUAUUUCAGCAUUUUAAUUGGUUUCUAAGCUUUUUUAAUUACGGUUUGGGGAUGGGGUCAUGCUUAGGGCCCAUCUCUUAAUCUCCUGCUCACGUUGGAUUUAAACGUCCACGAGCCUCAGCCAGCCAGGAUGAUAGGAGUUGUUGUUCCAUUUCAGCUCCAUUCCAUCCCUUCCUCUAAAUCUGGCUAAAUAUUUUCUUAUCACCAGUUCCUCAAAUGCCACCAAAUCUUACUGGUGCCCCAUGUAAAGGGAUAGAUAUUUGAGGUUAGGAGGUCACAUUGCAAAAAAUGUCUGUCUGUCAUCUGGGCUUGGGCAGCGAGAGAGAUAAGAGUGGCUCAGGCCUCUGAAGUGGCUCUUUCAUGUGAAGGGGCAGAAUGGCUUUCAUAUUGCAGGCAGGGAGGGGGCUGGAGAUAGCACCAUAUCAGCAGACAAACAGCAGGUAUGUGAGACAGAGAGCAGGCCCCCUGCUUAUCAGCUCAUGAAAUACUUUGGUCUCACGGGAAUUAGGUGGCACCAACAAUGCCCCUGAUUGUGUGCGGUGGCGGUGAGACACUACCUCUGUGAUGGAGCCUGUUGGCUCGGAUUCGUUGAUGAUGAUGGGUAGACUGGCUAAAUCAGGCGCUGGCUCCCCGUCAUGGUUGAUCCUCACUCGCUGGCUUUUACUUAGUAAAUGGUAUCAGUUACCAGAUAUUAAGUGAAAUAUUGAGUGGCAGAUGUGUUUCCCAAGAACUUUCACAUGAGACUGUGUAUGUCCUGGGAAUGAAAUGGCCACUUAGACUGUGAUUGACACAUGCUGGUCUUUAUGUCCAACCAUUGAGAUUCGCCAAUGUGGACCUCUCUCCAAGCAAUGCAUAUAACAUACUAUUCCUAUAACAUAUAUUAAAAAGGACCAGCACGCCAUAUCACAGCUAGCUGUGUAUAAUAGCCAAACAUUAGAAAUUUGAGGCUUGAGAAAGGCGGAUGUGACAUCCAAAGCAUUACCGUGUUUACCCAUUAAACACCGCGAUUAGAAACAGAAUUUGUAUCAUAUCUCGCAGUUAUCCAGACAGCCGGGCCUCUUGGAUGUGUUCGAAUUACUGUGAGGAUUCAAUGCUAGCUGUCCAUCCACUGGCCCCUGCAUGGAUGGAACUGGAAUACAAUAGUUUGGAAGCUGCAGGCUGUGUCACGCUGAUUUAGAAGAUACUGGGAAAUAAAAAUAUCAAAUGAUUUUUUGAAAUAUCUCCAUCCGGCGUUACAAUAAAACACAGCCAGGGAUGCCAGCUCUACGCACUAUAUACAACCACCCAGUGAGAUCACCUACUGUACAUAGACUGUACCUACCACCUCCAUACUGGGAGCAAUCAGGGCUCCCUCUGUAUUAGAGGCAAGACCCAUGGCUUUCUCCGUAUUAGGGGAAAUCCCCAUGGUUCCUUCUGUUUUAGGAGCGAGACCCAUGGUUCUCUCUGUAUUAGGGCCAACGCCCACUGAUGUCUCUGUAUUUGGUACCAUAGACCGGGCUAUAUCCCUUAUCUGCUAUAAUAGGACACCAACACUGUCAUAUCAUCUAACUCCAUGUGACACAUUGUAUAAUCCAUCAUUCCAGAUGUUGUGGAUUAAUUAUCCCAUGAUCCUCUGCUAGCCUGAGGGUUUAUGGGAGAUAUAGUUCCCAGAAGCAGAGCAGGUUGGAUAACCCUGCUAUAUAUAAAUCAUAAUAUUAUACAACAACCCUCUGCAGAUCACCUGAAUAUGGAAUGGGGCCAGAAAGUUCCCCUGGGGUAUUCACAAAUUGGGGUCAUCACAUUGCUUCCUUAACAAGACCAGUGAUACUGUGAGGGUACCAUUGAUCUAGAUACAGGCCCCGAUAUAAAUUCUGGUCGUCCCUCUUAAAUAGUAUCAUUAUCAAUAUUAACCAGAGAGGCUUAUGGGAAAUGCCAGCACAUUGUGACAAUAGCCAAAUAAUUAACUCCUUCCUGCAAGAUAUGCGCAAUCUACGAGAUUCCACAAUAGUCCUCCUACUGCGGGUAAUUCAAGAUAUUAAUACGAUACGACUUUCACAUAGCAACGCGCUACAGAAAAAGAAUCUGACUGUAAUUAGAAAACGUGUGAAGAGUUUAAAUGGAGCAUGGUUUCGAGACAGGAGAAUGUGUUAUGUGGGUGAUUUUUGCACAUCCCUUUAGGAAAGUUGGUUAUUCCGGUGGCUUUUGGCACCCGCUCUGUGUCAGGGCCCCCGAUGCCACUUUCCCCGUGUUUUCUGCCUUUUGAUAAGGGAUUUUCGUGUUCGGAGGAAUGAAGAGAAUAUUCUAUUUUAUUCACUGAAAUCCCAUUGAUUUACAGCAGCACAAUGCCAGACUCCCCUCAUUCCCAUUUCUUCCUGUAUAACCACUUAAAUCUAUAUUGAGCCAAGUGCUAAUCCCCUGACAGGAUCACAGCUCGGAAUGGAGAGAUAAGGAGGAGAGCGGGAGGGGCAGAGAGACACAGCCACCGUACCGCUGAGGCUUCAAACAACGUCUUAUUGUAAAGGCCUCUCCAUAUUCCUAACUUCUUAAACCUUUCAGGAACAGACGUGCGCCAUACGUUUAUUUUAUUUAAUGCUCACCUCCUGCCACUCCAAGAGUUAUCCUCUUGGGAUAUAAACCGUAGAGGAGAAUUUCAAUGCAUUAUUACACCAUUCUCUAAAUCCUUCAAAACCCAUGAGUCCCUGAUGGGUCACUAAUCAGCUCCUAUACUUCUGGGGUUUAGAGGGGCGGAUCUCACGAUUGUGGCAGUCCAUCCAUCGAGUACUGUACAGCAUGCAAUAAAACACCUGCAGUCUAAGGCGUGAAUAGGAAAGCUUCAAACCCUGCACCUACAAGAAUGUAUUUAUUAAAUAUUUUACCAGGAAGGAUACAUUGAGGUUUCUCUUGUUUUCUCUUGUUGGCGGAAAUAACAGAUAUGUCAGCUGAUAAAAUAACACGCUGUGAGCCGGUUUAAUGUACUACGCCAUCGUGGUGAAAUUCGCACAUUGCAUUUAUUAAUCUUUUAUUGUUCAGGUAAAAAGUAGCAAAUGUGGGAAGUCAUAUAUCCUAAAAUCUGGUAAAACGAAACGUUAAUUCAAACCAGACGUAGCCCUGUAUUAGCGUGUUUCUGGGGUACGACGGACACGCUUGCAUGUUGGCUUCCCACGUUGACUGCUCCACUUGUACAACUUUUAUUUCGAAUCGCUCACUAUACAGAACACCCAACGUGUAUUUUAUCAAUCAAUAGAUAUUUUUCAAACACACUGUGCCCAAGAAAACUGGUUUGGAAAAUUUGCGGUGAAGGCUGGAAUGUAAAAUGUGUCUGUUUUGGUGUCAAUUUUACAAAUGCAAGUCUGCUGCUAAUCGUUGCUUACUGAGUAAACCCUUAUGUGCUAACAGUCACACACAGGGUUAGACACGAAGUGUGAAUUAAAUUGAAAUUUUACACCAAAUAGCCAGAUUGGAGACAUUAUCCAAGUCAGCUAUUUUUGAGUAAAAUUUUUCAUUCUUUGAACCUUUCCCGCAAUAAACCUGUCUGCCUCUUUCUCCUCUGGGAGUUUCCUGGGCUAUUAUUAGGGGUGUGCCGCAUUAAAUGGCAUUUUACUGGUUAAUUGAGUGACACAGACACACAGGUCGCUGGCACUCUCAAUAAUUCCACCCGCACAGUGGGCAUUUUUUUCAGUUUGCCAGUUCCCCCUCCAUCCCUCUGUCUCUGUAUAACACAGAGCCCCCUGACCCCUGCAGUACAUCACUGAAUAGAAGCCCUCACGCUCCAAUAAACAUAUCACAAUACACACAACCAGCACACAAGACAAAUGCUCUCUUAACUACACCAUAUGGUGCAUUAACUUCCACUUAACACUCCACAAUACACCCCGCACAGGGGGGGGGGGGGACAAUGGCAAUCUCAUCCUGUGCUGAAGAGCUUGCACUCAGCUCAGUCCUUUUAUGAACUGGUUUCACUGUAGAGGCACUGAAACAUGCGGGAUCAUCGAUAAGGCCUCAGCAGUGACAGAGUGCAGUAUAGACACCAGAGUUUACAAAAAAUAACAGAAUAUGGCGAACGACUCAAUGACUGGAAUUUACUCACUAAACAGAGAGUUUUACCUGCUAAAAGCAGAACUGUAUCAAAUGGAAACUAAAUUGCAAAUUGUGGACAAAAAGUGAUGAUUUGAAGAAAAAAGAUCAACUAUAGUGACAACUUUUUUAUUUUAGCCUAAAUAAUAAUAAUAACAAUAAUAAUGAUUCACUUUUCAUUUUGCAAAUAAACUCAAAUGUUAUAACCAGCUGAUAACCAACUUUUAAAAAAAUAGGGGAAAUUGAUUAUAAAAAGUCUCUAUUUUAUCUGAUGUUUUUACAGCUUGGCUGUUUUGGCCUUAACGUUUAGUUUAUUGAACAAAGCUAAAACCCAGUGGGGUGACGUUUAAAUUCAGCCCCCCAAAGAUAAGCAGUUAGUGUUUCCAGCAGAGUUUGGGUUAAAUCCCCAUUUUGUCACCCCUGCGGUUUUUUUUCUCUGUCUUUUCAAAGUGAGAGACUAGAAGCCAGGCCACAUCUCCCCUCAGUUCAUUCAGCCCCCUGGACUUCACGCCGUCAGUUUAAACAAAGGGAGAGAAGGCAUGAAAGGGGGGAAGUAGAUUAACUCUGGAAAACAGCUUUUAAAAAUCUGUUAGAGCCACUCAGGGGACAGGAAAAAGGCUUAAGAGACGACCAGGAACACAAAGGGAGAGGCUUGCACAAAAAGAGACAAAAAUGGCACAAAGAGAGAUUCUUUCUAAAGAUGGAUGAGUGAGCCUAUUUUUGGGGGGAACAUUAAUCAUGUGGAGACAUACAGGUUUAAUGACCCUUCGCAUAUACGUCUACAACCAUGUAAUUCCCAUGAUGACCUCAUAGGAGGUAUCUCAACUUUACUAAUCUGCUUUGAUUCUAAAGAGCCAACAGGUUGUGUAGCGCAGCAUAAUAAAUCUGCUAUCCAGGACUGCUAUAAGGAUCUGUGCUAUCCCGACUGCUGCUAAUUUCUGAUGCUACGAUGUUAAUAAGACGUCAUUAGCUGAGUCAUUCACUAAGGUGAGAAUUCAAAGUGAAUUUCAAAUUUAAGGGCAGAUUAGCCAAACUGAAAUCAAAGCUGAUUUAGAAGAUUUUUCCAGUCUGGCUAAUUUGACCUUUAUUUGAAAUUCACUGUGAAUUCUCACUUUAGUAAAUAACUCUGUAAGGGUUAAAAAUACUUUACUGUCAUACCUGAGCACACUGCUCUGGCUCACACGCACGCACGCACACACACACACACACUGCUCUGGCUCGCACGCACACACACACACACACACACACACACUGCUCUGGCUCGCACGCACGCACGUACACACACACUGCUCUGGCUCGCACUCACACUGCUCUGGCUCACAUGCACACACAUGCACACACACUGCUCUGGCUCGCACGCACACACACACACUUCUCUGGCUCGCACGCACACAUGCACGAACCCACGCAUGCACACACGCACACACACACACUGCUCAGGCUUGCACGCACACAUGCAUACACGCACACACAUCCUGUUGCAAUAUGAUAGAGCAGUAAUAAGUAAGGCCCAGAGGAACAACUCCAACUGCCAUAGGACCAAAAUGACCAAAUGUUCUGCCAGUUCUUUAUUCAUCUGAAGGCACAGAGAGGCAGUGAUUGAGCCCCCUAGCUCUCCUGGCCCCCAUCACGGGAGAUGAUCUUCUCAGCACAAGCGAUAGAAGUGCAGAUAUCACAUAAAAAAUAUAUCAAAAACUACUGAACAGUUCGAAAAAAUAUUAAUAUUCACAUGUAUUCUCCAGUUAUUAAUGUAAAAUCCUCUUAAGCGACAGGUUCUGACUAUGAAUUAGCAAGGCAGAAAAACCUGGGGGGAUUAAAGGUAAAGAACCAGGAGAAAAGAAGGUUUUUUUUUUCCUUUUUCUUAAAGGAUUAACUCCAGCAUGGCGUUGUGACGGAUUGAACUGUGGCAUUAAAAAGCAGCAAAUUGAAACAUUAUUGGGCAGAAUGUAAAUGUGGGAUGCUUGGUUUUUGUGGCAUUUUAGGGCCAGGGUUGUAGAGGUUUCCUGUGGGCACAAGGGGACAGAGAAUGACGAGAGGUGGCCCCCGUGUGGCUGUCUUGUAAUAGAUCAGGGUGACAAUUUGUAUCUGCUUUCAGAUAAUCUAUCUCGGCACUCUGUUAGAGCCCAGCAUCGGCAACAGAGAUUGGAAUAGAUAAAAUAAAAGAUAAUAAAGCACCGGUCAGGAAUUCAACAGAUAUUUCCAAUACAGUCUGGGCAUUGUGGGUACAAUUCUGUUACACUGGCAUUGUGGGCAGGCUCUGGGACAUUGGCGUUGUGGGUAGAAUUCUGUAACACUGGCAUUGUGGGCAGGCUCUGGGACAUUGGCGUUGUGGGUAGAAUUCUGUAACACUGGCAUUGUGGGCAGGCUCUGGGACAUUGGCAUUGUGGGCAGAAUUCUGUAACACUGGCAUUGUGGGCAGGCUCUGGGACAUUGGCAUUGUGGGCAGGCUCUGGGACAUUGGCAUUGUGGGCAGGCUCUGGGACAUUGGCGUUGUGGGUAGAAUUCUGUAACACUGGCAUUGUGGGCAGGCUCUGGGACAUUGGCGUUGUGGGUAGAAUUCUGUAACAUUGGCAUUGUGGGCAGGCUCUGGGACAUUGGCGUUGUGGGUAGAAUUCUGUAACACUGGCAUUGUGGGCAGGCUCUGGGACAUUGGCAUUGUGGGUAGAAUUCUGUAACACUGGCAUUGUGGGCAGGCUCUGGGACAUUGGCAUUGUGGGCAGGCUCUGGGACAUUGGCGUUAUGGGUAGAAUUCUGUAACACUGGCAUUGUGGGCAGGCUCUGGGACAUUGGCGUUGUGGGUAGAAUUCUGUAACACUGGCAUUGUGGGCAGGCUCUGGGACAUUGGCAUUGUGGGUACAAUUCUGUAACACUGGCAUUGUGGGCAGGCUCUGGGACAUUGGCAUUGUGGGCAGAAUUCUGUAACACUGGCAUUGUGGGCAGGCUCUGGGACAUUGGCAUUGUGGGCAGGCUCUGGGACAUUGGCAUUGUGGGCAGGCUCUGGGACAUUGGCGUUGUGGGUAGACAUUCUGUAACACUGGCAUUGUGGGCAGGCUCUGGGACAUUGGCGUUGUGGGUAGAAUUCUGUUACACUGGCUGUAACAUUGGCAUUGUGGGCAGGCUCUGGGACAUGUGGGCGUCUGUGGGUGGGCAGAAUUCUGUUACACUGGCAUUGUGGGCCCUCUUUCCCUCCUCUUCCUUAUACCUCUCUCGCCCUCUUACGUCUUCCCUUAUAAUUAAUGAGCUGUUCAUUCAUAUUUGGAGGUCAGUGGUCUUUGAAGGCUGUAAAAACGCAAGCCGGCGAUACAUAUUGAAUUUAGGUAUAAGAAGUAUAUUGCGAACUGCUUACCGUUGGCACUUGUAUCAAAAUAAAGAAUUUAAAUUAAAAUAGAAAGCAAUCUGUUGUUUCUGUGGUAAGGGCAGAAUUGAUUUGCUCACGUGCCCAGGGACUCACAUAGAACACUGCUUGGAAACUUAUUGUAUCAGAUGGCAUGGGUCCCACGACUGGCCCUGUGGCAGGACUAGUGGGUCAGUGCGAUACACGAACACAGCCCAAUUCUGUGGCUUUAAUGGCUGCAGUCCUUUACCACAUCACGAAAGCCACGCUAGCACAUUAUUUUAAGAAGGAGCCCUCAUUUCAAACCAUAGUCAUAAAAUAGUAACUUGAUUGAAUACUUAGUAAAACAUGUAAAAUUGGUAUUUACUGUCCCAUUAAGAAUACAUUAUCUGCAUUUUCUUUGAAGUCAGCUUUUUCUCCAAAUACUACUUUGCUACUGGCUUUACAGUUACUUGAAUGAAGUGUUUUCUCUACCGACUGGGAGAGAAGAAUCAGCCAUUCUCUAGUUUUCCAUAAUGCAAUGCGAGACAAGGACUACCAGAUGUCAUAUUGUUAAUUGCCAACCGCUGCCAACACUUGCCAUUUUGAUAAAUUGUGUCUUUUUUUGUGGCAGGUCAUGGAGCCCAUUUUUCCCAGCAGCCCUCAGAUCAGGUGAUUGUGGCUGGGAAAUCGGUAACGCUGCCUUGUGUAGUGGUUGGCUAUCGAGGAGUGGUGCAGUGGACGAUGGACGGGUUGGCGCUGGGAGCAGAGCGAGAUCUGCCAGGUACAAUACAAACAGGAAAAAGUGGGCAGCAUGUGGGCUUAGAGCUUGGCGCCACAUCGUACGAGCGUCAUGUGAUGGCGAUGCACCUCCUUCGUGUUGGCGCAUACAGGUUUAAAAGUGCCCAGUUAUUCACUAAAGUGUGAAUUGUCAGGAAUCAUUCAUAAUGAAACUGGACCAACUAUUAGUUAACAAGUUAUAGAAAUAAAGAAAGGAGCUAAACUGCCUAGAAAAUUUUGGGUUUUUUCUCAAACAUAGGAUGGUCUCGUUAUUCUAUCAUCGGAGACCCUGCAUUGGGUGAACAUAAUUUGCAUAUCGAGUCGGUGGAGCUCAAUGAUGAUGCCAUCUAUGAAUGCCAAGCUACCCAAGCAGCGCUGAGGUCACAGCGUGCCCGUCUGACCGUGCUGAGUAAGUACUGAGUGUGGAGGACUCAUACUCAGAGAACAGUUACUGCUUCUACAGAGUAGCCGCAUAUAGAAAUAAAGAAAGGAGCUAAACUGCUCUAGAAACUCAUUUUGGGUUUUUUCUCAAACAUCAGGAUGGUCUCGUUAUUCUAUCAUCGGAGACCCUGCAUUGGGUGAACAUAAUUUGCAUAUCGAGUCGGUGGAGCUCAAUGAUGAUGCCAUCUAUGAAUGCCAAGCUACCCAAGCAGCGCUGAGGUCACAGCGUGCCCGUCUGACCGUGCUGAGUAAGUACUGAGUGUGGAGGACUCAUACUCAGAGAACAGUUACUGCUUCUACUUGGUCUUCCCACUUCCUGUAUAUUAUACACUUAAUGCUUCUCCUGCAUGCUCUCACUUCCUGUAUGUUACAUACUUAGUGCUUCUCUUGCAUGUUCUCACUUCCUGUGUAUUAUACAAUUAGUGCUUCACCUGCAUCCUCUCACUUCCUGUCUAUUAUACACUCAGUGCUUCUCCUGCAUCCUCUCACUUCCUGUCUAUUAUACACUCAGUGCUUCUCCUGCAUCCUCUCACUUCCUGUCUAUUAUACACUCAGUGCUUCUCCUGCAUCCUCUCACUUCCUGUCUAUUAUACACUCAGUGCUUCUCCUGCAUCCUCUCACUUCCUGUCUAAUAUACACUCAGUGCUUCUCCUGCAUCCUCUCACUUCCUGUCUAUUAUACACUCAGUGCUUCUCCUGCAUCCUCUCACUUCCUGUCUAUUAUACACUCAGUGCUUCUCCUGCAUCCUCUCACUUCCUGUCUAUUAUACACUCAGUGCUUCUCCUGCAUCCUCUCACUUCCUGUCUAUUAUACACUCAGUGCUUCUCCUGCAUCCUCUCACUUCCUGUCUAAUAUACACUCAGUGCUUCUCCUGCAUCCUCUCACUUCCUGUCUAUUAUACACUCAGUGCUUCUCCUGCAUCCUCUCACUUCCUGUCUAUUAUACACUCAGUGCUUCUCCUGCAUACUCUCACUUCCUCUAUAUAAUACACUCAGUGCUUCUCCUGCAUACUCUCACUUCCUGUAUAUUAUACACUCAGUGCUUCUCCUGCAUACUCUCACUUCCUCUAUAUAAUACACUCAGUGUAUCUGUCAUCACUCUUUAGUCUCCUUAUACUAAGAUCCUUUUCCUUUGCUCAGUCCCCCCAGGAGAACCAAUGAUCCCAGGCAGCCCUAUCCUCAAUGUCCUGCUGAAUGUCGCAUAUAACCUCACGUGUCUGGCCCCCGUGGCUAAACCGGCAGCAGAGAUCACCUGGUACCGUGAUGGGAAACAGCUGGACUGGGCGAUUUACAGCAAGGUGAGAGGCUGAAAUCUCACUAUUGGUUAUUAAUAACAUUCAGAAUUCCUAGAUGGUCUGAGAGUUCUAUUUUUUUAUUUUUUUAUUUAGAUUGCAACUUUAUAACUUUGUCAUCUGUCUGUCUCUGAGUGCCACUCACAGUGUCUUUCUGUCUGUCUCUGAGUGUCACUCAUAGUCUCUCUCUAUCUGUCUGUCUGUCUCUUAGUGCCACUCGCCAUGUCUCUUUCUCUGUCUCUGAGUGCCAUGCAAAGUGUCUCUCUGUCUGUCUCCGAGUGCCUCUCACAGUGUCUCUCUGUCUGUCUUCGAGUGCCAGGCACAGUGUCUCUCUGUUUGUCUCUGAGUGCCAGGCACAGUGUCUCUCUGUCUGUCUUUGAGUGCCAUGCACAGUGUCUCUCUGUUUGUCUCUGAGUGCCAUGCACAGUGUCUCUCUGUCUGUCUUUGAGUCCCAGGCUCAGUGUCUCUCUGUCUGUCUUUGAGUGCCAUGCACAGUGUCUCUCUGUUUGUCUCUGAGUGCCACUCACAGUGUAUCUCUGUCUGUUUUUGAGUGCCAUGCACAGUGUCUCUAUGUUUGUCUCUGAGUGCCACGCACAGUGUCUCUCUGUCUGUCUUUGAGUGCCAUGCACAGUGUCUCUCUGUUUGUCUCUGAGUGCCACUCACAGUGUCUCUCUUUCUGUCUCUCCUGUAGCAAUUGCUGUCAGAUGGGAAGAGCGAGGGGGCCGCCAGCACUCUCCAGAUCACCCCCAGCCUGCAGGACAGCGGGGCCAGCUAUGCUUGUCACGUCAAAAAUGCUGCGCUGCCGGAGGGGCGAGUACGGGCAGUAACGCUGAGUGUGCAGUGUGAGUGUCUAUACUCAGAAUGUCGGUUCAUGCAGAACCCCUUUAUUAAGGUACUAAAUUAUCCUAACCACACCUGUAUUUUCUUAUAGAUCCCCCCAAAGUGACGCUCUCAGUUGAACCGCCAACCAUUUCUGAAGGAGGCACGGUCACCUUUAUUUGCAGUGCGGUCUCCAACCCAGAGGUUGCAAGUUACAGGUGAGUUCAGAUAAGGUGUGUGCGCUCAGUAAAUCAUACUAAUACUGGUAACAUAUCACUUCGAGGAUCACACCAUUGAGUAAAACAUUGAAAAUCACCUAUAACGUUUGUUAACAUUUUCUUCAUGAGGCUCCGUUUGCUGUGAAAUGUAUUUCAAAGAUGUAUCAAUUGACAUCUUAAUCCUGGCACAGCCUGGCACACGUUGCAUUAAAAGAUGAGACAGUAACAUUGUUUCAGUUUUUUACUCCUUUCUCUCUCUAUACUGACUGCCAGGUGUAAAGGGCGGGGCUUAUAACAAUGAUUGACAGGGAGCUAAGAUGGAGGCGGCUCUCUCUAUACUGACUGCCAGGUGUAAAGGGCAGGGCUUAUAACAAUGAUUGACAGGGAGCUAAGAUAGAGUCGCCCAGCUGCAGGGUAAAGGCUGUGGCUCAAUAAAUUCAUGUUAUUUUGUUAAAUAUAGGUAAUCGGUUCACAUGUAACAUUUUAUAUUCUUGCUGCGAGGUAAACAGGCUGUAUGGAAUACAUUUUUUAAUUUUUAACGCAAAUAAUUGCCCAUAUUGCUUCUUCACAACAUAAUAAUUUGCUUCCAUUUUUAGUAUAAUUCUUUCAUUAAAAGUUUUAUCAACCACGAGACCGAGUGUAAUUAAUGUAUAAUCUGUGUUUCCGUAGAUGGGCGAAAGGUGGUGUUCCUUUGCAGGUGUCAUCUGACAGCUACCAAGUGACCGUCGAUCACACGUUCUUCACAGCGCCUGUCUCAUGUGAGGUCACAAACAGUGUCGGAAGCAGUAAUGUGAGCACCGCCGUAAAUGUCUUAUGUAAGUACUGAGUCUGGUGUUUUUUAUAAAAUGGACAAAUAAAUUGAAGAGAAAGGAAUAAAACCAUGGGUAAUUAUUUAUAAAUAAGACAGAAAGUUUGGUUAAAAUUAAAUUAAAAUAUGUAAAUUCUGCAUGCAUAAUUAGUCAGACUCACGGUAUCUGUGAUAAAUGUUUUUUCACCUAACAUUAUUUAAAAUGCGGUUUCUUUACUCACAAUAUAAAUAUUUAUACUUCCAAAAUAUUUAUUCCAAACUUUCAUUUCAUUUUAUUUUUUUUAACUAUUUGAAAUAUUUAAGUAUUUGUAAUUUCAUUGUAUUUCACUUGAGUUUUUAUUUUACAUUUUGAAAAACAAUUUGCAUUUUGGGAAGAAAACGGGGGAAACAUUAAAAGUGGAACAAUUUUCUUUCCCUGAAAUAUUAAUAUUCUUUUAUCAGUCUCCAAGUCAUGAUAAUUAGCAUUAUGUAAAUAAAAACGUUGCAGCAUUUUUCCUUUAUUUUUGAGUAGUAGGGAAUUUCAAAUUUUAAGUUAUAGUGGAAGAAUUGUCCGAGUCCACCUAUUUGUUCAGUUCUGCUAUUCUACUUAAAUUUGAAAUUCACGAGGGGGCGUGGCCUGAAGUCCGACCUGAAUGGAAGUGUGAGUCCCGAGCUCCUCGCCACCAAGCUAAUAUUAGCCGUUUUUUAGCCCCCUAACUCACCCUAAUGGGACGCACCAGGAAACCGGAGAGCCAGCAGACCCCCAGGGCAGCACCGCCGGCAACUCCAUCGGGACCGAUGGACGGCUUUUUACAAACCCCGCUGGGACAGAGCCGCGAGGCGUACAGCUCCAAGAUGGCGCCCGUCUCCCCUGCCUCCUCCUGCUCGGAGCCGGAACAGCCUACACUGGCUGAUAUUGGGGCAGAAAUCAGGAGGCUGGCAGCCAACAUGGUCACUAAAUCUGACCUACAGUCCCUGACCACCACCCUCACGGCAUCCCUCACGUCCGCUGUCACUGCACUACGCACAGACAUGGAGGCACAGGACGGCCGCAUCCAGGCCCUGGAAACCCAGGCCCAAGUCACCCAACGCCAGGCCUCAGCUGCGGACACAGCCCUGACAAGGCAGGGCAAUAUGCUACUAGCCCUGCGCAGACAGGUCGAGGACCUGGACAAUCGCAGUCGCCGCUCCAACAUCAGGGUAAGGGGGAUGCCGGAGGGGGAGGAGACGGAGAAUGUUGCGGAACUACUGACCGCACUCUUCCUCCAGAUUCUGGGGAACCAGGCGCCACCAGACAUCCGCUUCGAGCGGGCGCAUAGGGCCUUGAGACCCAGGAACAGGGAUGGGGACCCCCGAGACAUUAUCUGCUGCCUACACUCAUUUCCCCUCAAGGAACGCAUAAUGCAGCGGGCCAGGACCCGACCCACAUGGCGAUAUAUAAGAGGCAGAGGUCUCCUUGUACAAUGACCUUUCCCCUACCACAUUAGAGGCUAGGCGUGCCCUCAGACCCAUCACUACAGCACUAAGGGAACGCAAUAUCCCAUACAAGUGGGGCUUCCCAUUCAGCAUCCAGGUGAGACAUCAUAACGAGUGGAUUGCGGCACGCUGGCCAGAAGAAAUACCGCGCUUUCUCCAAAGGUUAGAACUACCGUCCAUAGCAGUCCCAGACUGGAUACUGGAACCGCUUGACCGGGAACCCCGACCCCAGAGACAACCUCGGAAUCCGCGGAGAGGCCCCAGAGAGAACCGAACACCUGAUAUACCCCCACACCCGUCCAACCCAGAAGAAUAGCCGCUUGAUACCUACAUCAGCUCGACUACGACCCUGAGACCUAAAUAUACGAGCUGACAUGGAUACACAGCUACUCAUACCCACUGCCCAGACCCAGAACCCGAGUGCCCUCCUCCCUGGACGGAUGGGAUAAACGCACCCGAUAUAACUUACGCAAUUUGGGUGGGGAACGGGAGAGACACAGCAUACCAUUGUCCACAGGGGAGGGGAAAAGUUGGAUACUACUCUUGGGGGGCCUGACUAGUCAUGCUUAUUGGCAGCCUCACUCACCCCCCACCAUCUUCCCACAACGUGAGGCUUGCAAGGGAAACACCGCUACUGGACUAUCUUCAGCGGUGGGUAGGCAAGUGGAAAACACCGUGGGGGAGUGUUGCAAGGCUAAAGGGAUACAACUUGGCCCGCCAAGAUGACAACGGGCCUUUACCGUGCCAAAGCAGAAGCCUGUUCCAGCUCCCCACACAUUCAAGCCAACGCUGUUUCCAUAUGAUGGAGGACUCAUACUCACAGGUUCAAGGGGGGUCGGUAAUUGGGUGAGGGUCAGAACAUAGGGAGUCUGUGGGGGAAGUUAAGCUCAAGGACGCAACAUAUACAAACGUAUACACACACAUAAUGGGUAACACGAAGCUGAUAGGGUCUAGGGAGCCGGGACUCUAGACCGGGGAACAUGGAAUUAGGGGGAGGGGAAUGGGGGGACUGUGGGACACUCAUAUUAGUAUCCGGUACCAUUAACAUAUAGGUGCGGGGGAGACAACUGAGCUAUUACCCUUCACUCCCCCACAUUUAGGCAAAACCACAUAAGGACAUGUAAGGAUGGGAUGAGGUGCAGGCACACAUGUUAAUCGGAUGGUGGGGUUCCGCUAAUGUACCGAAGUGUGUAUAUAUGUUAUAUUGAAUGGUGGAGUUCCACUAAAUGUACCCAAUUGUAUAUAUGUUAUGUUGGAUGGAGGGGUUCCGCUAAUGUACCCAAUUGUAUAUAUAUCACAUGCUCCAUGUGGAAAAGAAGUAUACCUUAAUGUAUGACACGCAUUAGAGCUGGACGGCCCUUUACCCCUCUUACAAAGAUGUCACUUCUGGGCUAUAAGGAAGCAACCCCGCCCUUUCUCCCACCCCACACUCGAGAGCCUCAUGAUACGCGCAAUAUGACGAGGCGAUACCUUACAUACACUCCCAACCCCAUACCCGGAUUUGAUAUAUCAUAGAUACUGGCCUCGGCCAUUGCUAAUCGCUGGUGUAGGACCAUAAUACGACCGAACACUCACCCACUCGGAUACACAACACUGUGUGACCCCCCCCGACCAACAUCGCACAGCUCCACAACCCAAAACUGACCCACGUUACCCUGGGAGACGGGGGCACACUUUUGAGACAUGCUAGAACGAGACAUGGAUCCCUGCCUCCACACCAUAGCCCUUUGUAGACUGCAUAUGGCGAUAAUAUUGAUUGCGGCUGGCAACCCAAGCUAUACUAAGACGGGCAAAGACGACAUUCAAACACUUUCAAAGAGGUGGCACACCUGUUAGGUAACCUCGGACUCCUGUAUCUAAUACAACCUAUAGAAGACACAUCCUAACACGUAUAAAACGCAAGGACACAAACACUAACCCCCGACAAGUUCGCGUGAACAAACCCACUCCACGGGGAAUUGGCAGUUGGAAGCCGUGAGACUUUGUCUGACAGGCCCAGCUGCCGACUGCUGCCGUGGUCACGCGAACCAACCCUCCUUGGAGGGACUCUUGACACCUAUCCGUAGGUGCUGGUAUCACCUCCCUCUGGAGGUGGAGAACUCAUCUUCUCUUUCAUACCCCAGCUUGUCCCUACGAGCAGGCAGGGGCUUAUCUGUACCCCACGUCUACCUCACUUUACUUUCCUGCCUCACCUCAUCCACUCCUCUGACCCAACCCCUCAGCCUCCCCCCCACCCUUACUACCCCCCUCCCAUUGUCACAGCAAUUGCGGACACACCACGGAGAGGGGAUACUCGUGGGCAAUAGACUUCUUUUUGAAGUACCAACAAACCGCUAAAGUCCAUAGUGACCCACUCACGAUCAACAUAAAUGGCCUACGAACCAGAUCCUUUACGCAUUACGACCAUGAAUUGCCGGGGCCUCAAUAUUCCGGAGCGUAGGUCACAGCUCAUACGGGAUCUAUCCUCUAGACACAUAUCCGUUGCCUUCCUCCAGGAAACGCAUUUUAAGGAAGGAAAUGCCCCGAUGCUGAAAGGCAAACACUACCCCAACGCGCUCUGUAGUAACCACCCGACCGCCCGCAAGGCAGGGGUGGCGAUCCUCCUCCAUGCUAAGCUACAGUUCCAAGAAAAUGACCGAAUGUCCGACCCUAAUGGCAGAUAUAUAUUCCUCAAAGGAGAUAUACAAGACCGUAGGUACACAUUCGCGACGAUCUAUGUGCCAAAUAAUAAUCAAUCGCACUAUAUCCGCAAAACCCUUCUCAAACUUUCCUCAUUCACGGAGGGCACACUGAUCUUAGGUGGAGACCUUAACGUACCCCUCAUCCCCCUAACGGACUCAUCCACUGGACACAGCAGCGUUGCCCAGGGAGCCCUCCGCAGCAUACAGAAGUCACUUAAGAACCUUCGACUAGUAGACUGCUGGCGCGCUAUGCACCCAGCGGACAGGGAGUACACCCAUUACUCCAGGAUACAUAGGCGAUAUGCGAGAAUUGACUAUAUCUUCCUCCAACAAGAGCAACUUAACGCAAUUCAGAGAGUUGAAAUUGGACCUGCAAGCUGGUCGGACCACGGACCGGUGACUCUACAAAUGGACUCUCCUCGGAUACGCCCAUCCACCUGGACGUGGAGGCUCCGAGACUCUCUACUCUUAGACCCAGCGGUGAGGGAACGGGUCACUGAGGAACUCACGUCUUACUUCACACUAAACGCAACGGAUGAACUACCGGCGACAACAGUAUGGGAAGCCCACAAAUGUGUACUCAGGGGCACCCUAAUGCACUUAGCCUCUAAAAAGAAAAAAGAAUCCCAAAGACAGAUGCAGGAUCUCUUGAUACGCAUAACUACCCUUGAAAUGCAACACAAACGAUCCCUACUUGAAGAGACCUAUAAGGAAUUACUGGAAGCCCGAAGAUCACUGCAAGCUCACAUAACGGCCCGACACUAUAGCUCUUUACAGCGCUCGCGGGCCUUUUUCUAUCAACAUGCCAACAAGGGAGGGAAACUACUGGCCAGGAUGAUCAGAGGCCCCCAAGGUAUGACACAGGUCCAUAAGAUACGAACUUCGGAUGGCACGGUAACACAGUUCCCAGACAAGAUAGCGGCGGAGUUCCGCUCGUUUUACACUUCGCUGUAUAACAUUCCGGGCCCGACACUCCCGGAAGAGACGGCUGUCAGAUAUGAUAAGAUACGAAGUUACAUUGAAUCCCAUGUAGGGACACGACUACCCAAUGGGGAGUCGGAGAACCUAGAUACACCGAUCACCGAAGCAGAGGUAGCGGGAGCCAUAAAGGUCUCCAAAACGGGCCGCGCACCGGGACCUGAUGGCUUUACUCUAGAUUACUAUAAAAAAUUUCAAGCCAUACUUCUCCCGAAACUCACCAACGCAUUCAAUGCGCUAGUGGGCGGCGCCCAACUCCAUCAUGAGUCCCUGGCGGCAACCAUAACAGUCCUCCCGAAACCGGGGAAGGAUCCCGAAUUAUGCAGCAGCUACAGACCAAUCUCACUGCUGAAUGUGGACGUGAAGCUUCUCACCAAGAUUCUAUCCACCAGAAUUGGUGCAAUACUACCGAAAUUGGUCCAUCCUGACCAGACGGGAUUCAUCCCUGGGAGGGAAGCAAGGGACAGCACUCUUAGGGCGCUAUCCAUCCAUCACCUAGCAAAACGGUCAAACGAUAAACUCCUACUAUUAUCGACGGACGCGGAGAAAGCGUUUGACAGGGUGGACUAGACGUUCCUCACGGCCACGCUUCGAGAACUGGGUUUCGGGGACAAUAUGUUAUCGUGGAUCGGCGCGUUGUACCAAUGCCCUAAUGCAAAAGUGAAAGUGAACGGAGCGCUUACAGAGUCCUUCCCGAUCCGCAAUGGGACGAGACAGGGAUGUCCGCUAUCUCCUAUGCUCUUCGCUUUAGUACUCGAACCGUUCCUAGAGGCAGUACGCACCUCGGAUGAAAUCCCGGGCUACAAAAGCGGUAAUGUAGCACACAAAGUGGCGGCAUAUGCCGAUGACCUUUUAUUCUUUAUCACGGACCCGGAGACAACAAUGCCCCAUCUCAUAGAUAUGUUCGACACCUAUGGCGAGAUCUCGGGGUUCAAAUUGAAUAUGAGCAAAUGCGAGGUACUCAAUGUCACAGUCCCGACGACCCAAGCAGACGCACUAAAAAAACAAUUCCCGUUCCGCUGGUGCUCGAAUCACAUGCAAUACCUGGGAAUAGCCCUCACCAGCGACCUUGGAGAUAUGUACCGAACAAACUUCCUACCAUCGCUGCAACGAAUACAACAAGAUCUGAAGAAAUGGGCGUACCCCCAUAUCUCGUGGUUCGGCCGGAUUGCAAUUCUCAAGAUGAAUAUCCUACCGCGGAUAUUAUACCUAUACCAGACGAUCCCACAAGCUCUGCCGACAGCAUACUUCACAUCACUCAGAUCCGCGAUGGUGAAGUUCGUCUGGAAUGGGAAACAGGCAAGACUUCGCCAGGAGGUUCUCUGUUUACCACGAGCCUGGGGUGGUCUAGCGCUACCCGAUAUGCGCAAAUACCAUCAAGCGACAGUAUUACAACGGGUAUUGGAGUGGCAUACCCAUCCGGAACAUAAACAAUGGAUCGACCUGGAUAAAAGCCAUAUUGGCCCCCCCUUCCUGACGUCGGUAUGGAAUUCGAGGAGAUUACCACAGGUGUCACUCGAACCAAAUUCCACAGUAGCACAGACACUGAAAGCGUGGGAAACCAUUCGAAGAACCCCACAUAUAUCUCAAUCACCGAGCCCGAUGAUUCAAAUACAAUAUAACCCUCAGAUAGGAGGGGGACUGCCCCCGACGUCUUGGACAUUUCUUGGGGACGGGGAAUCAUUCCCCAUCCAUAGGGUACUAAACAACACAGGCAUGACCCCUUUGAGGGAACUGCUGGAGGGCACCCAACCUACUAGCCUACUAACCCUCCGUUAUAUGCAACUCAAAUCCUACUAUCGCACACUCCCGAACAAGGAAGCCCUACAUAGGGACCUAUCGUGGUUCGAAACGCUAUGUGACCGCAAGACCACCCUGGAUAAGACGAUAUCCACUCUAUACCAACACAUGCUAGUGGGACACCUCACCAACAAUGAUCAAUUCCGCAGACGCUGGGAACAUAUGCUGGGCACAUCCUUCACCACGGCCAAAUGGGAGAAGAUCCUCAUAUUACACCAUAAAUGCUCAUCCAGCUCCCAAUACCAAGAAAUGAACUACAAACUCCUCUCAUUCUGGUACAGAACACCUGAUAGCCUACACAGGAUCUUUCCAAACGUACCUGACGUAUGCUGGAGAUGCGGAGAAGCACGAGGUACACCACUACACAUAUGGUGGGACUGCCCCCUCAUUACGCCAUUUUGGGACGAAAUAAAACAGAAAACAGAGGACAUCCUAGGGAUCGAAGAUGGACUUGACGUGGAGACGGCCCUACUACACGCCACACCUGAUACCAUAGGGACGUAUAGGAAGAGCAUACGUAGGCACCUGUUGAACGCUGCCAAAGCACUAAUCCCAUUAUACUGGAAACAGACGGCUAUUCCAACAACAACACAAUGGAUGGAACGGGUGGAAGAGAUAUAUAGUGCAGAAUCAACACAGGCUGCUCUUCUUGGUCUUGAGGAUAAACAUACGGAGCGUUGGCGCCCAUGGCUGCUCUACAUAGCGGAUCGAAACGCGGACAGACAGGAACCCCAGAGGACCCAAAGACUAUCACAUCCUCUCCUGGAAGGAGAAUGAGACCCGAUACGAUACCCGCGGUGACCACAGGCGCAGGCAAUGGGACCUCCUAACCCAUCACACCCUCCCAUACCCACCCCUCCCUCCACAUCCCUCUUUAUCCCCCUUCUCUACUUUACCUAGUUCUCUAUUAUCUUUCAUUAUCCAACGAGGAUACAUAAACUGACUGAAUAACUGAUGCAAUACAACUCAUUCUGAGGUUACCAACAGAUUCAUUACAUAUUUACACACAAUAGUUUGUCUAGGGGCAACUACUCCAACCACAAUAUCUGGGAAAAUGAACUGGGUAGAUAUUUAUACAAACGGUUACUGACCUUCAAAAUGGGCUCAACGACCGACAUCUUACUGGGGCUGUGGCUUGCAGGAGAUAAAGAGAUAGCUAAGAUAACCAUAUAGCCGACUCAUUACAGAUGUCGACUUACCUAGGGAACGGUAUAGGGACGGCCGCACUACUGACAUAAGAUGAUCUCCCCGGACAAACAGACCUCAAUACUAAACCGCCCCGAAGAAAUCGGACAUGCACUUAUUACCUAAUUAGCUAAAAAGGAGAUAACCUCUAAUAGCCCUGCUGGACACAAUAGGACACACUCGACUAACAAGACAGCAUAUCCGAGCAUAACCUAUUACAUGCUCAUGGACGCUCUUUAAACACCCUUGUACCUCCCACGAAGCACAAUCCAAUGCCUCAGACAGUUGAUAUGAAAAACCUCCAAUAAGCCGAACUCAGUCCACGACCUAUCAUUAUCCCAAUUCAUGAUAGCAAUCUUAGCAACAUAUUGACUAAACCAGCUCGAAGUACACAGUUACCCUAAGCUUCUGAUUACUAAUAUAACAUUGUUUAAUUGUUGAUCACUGGAAUUUCGCAAGGACCUGCGUGUCCGUUAUAUUUUGUUUGAAUGCCGCAGUUAUGUGUUGAUAACUCAUAUCUUAUAUGGACCUGCGUGCCCAGUACAUGGUAUCUUAUUGCUGCAACUAAUAAACAGCUUUGAAACUAAAAAAACAAUUUGAAAUUCACUAUUCACAAUGAAUAGUAAAAAAAAAAAAUUUUUGGAGAUAUUUGGGAUUUAUUAGAGAGUAUAAAAAGUACAUCUGUACAGAUAUGUUGAAUAAAAUGAUGGAGAUUUAUGAAAACGUAAACUGGAACUCGAGCAUGAUUAGUUACUUUUUGUUUUUUUUCUUUUUCAUUUCUUUUAAUUAAGUAAUGCAGUCAGGGCUAAUUCCAUCCAGGUGACGAGCAAUCCAUGUGAUGAAUCCUUUUUUUUUUACUCUAUUAGUUGGGCCACGUCUUCUUACUGAGCCACGUCCUAUGAUGGUGGACCUGGGUGGUGAUACUUCUUUCUUCUGUGGUUGGACUGGGAAUCCCACCCCAACUCAAUUUUGGAGCAAGAAAGGAUCUGGGGAGGUGAGUUCAGCAGAAGAAAAUCAGUAUGUAGAAAAUAGUGAUGGUCUCCGAAUCGUUUGUGAAGAGGAUCACUGUGAUCUGAUAUUUCCGGAUCCUAUUACCCGUAUUUUGAACAUGACCGCUAUACAUUCUUACAUUUAUUACAUCAAAAAUCUGUUUUAAAGCGAACCUGUCAUCCGUGAGAAUUUUUUUUACUUAAACAUUUCUAAAAACAUUCUCGUUCAUAUAAUGCAUUCUUCUUGUCGGCUCAGUUUGUUUCUUUAUAAAAAGUGGUUUUAGAUGUCGUGGUUAUCGGGAGUGAUGUGUCUUUUUUAUGUCUUGCACUAAAUCUCCCCUGAGUAAAGUUAAAAUAACAUUUUGUGUAGAGAUUUAAAAAUGACUUUCUUUAUAUACACAUUCUGAUUGCAGUAAAUUGGAGACGGAGCUAGUUUAUAAACAUUAGUUAAAAAUGUUUCACCUGACGCCAACAUGACAUGAUAUCAUCAGGGGUGACAUGACUUUUAUUUAGAACCACAGAGAGCUUUAAUGAAUAAACCUUAUUCUGGUUUAAAUAAUAGUCCGACUGCAAUGUAAAAAUCCCUGACUGUGUCUGAAACUCUUUAUAAAAUGUGCUCAACCCUGGAAGACAUUCUUUUAUUAACUCUGAUGUUGGAGUGAGAUUAAAUAUUAGCAUUUUGCUUCUGUAAACCAGGCCUUGAUAUUGGUUAAUUUUCAUUCUGCUCAGGCAAGCGCUUCCCUUACAGACCCUUCACUCAUACAAUCUUCAUUUAUCAUACAACUGAUAAAAUAAGAACUUGCGAGGCGGGAGUAGAAGUGAAAGAAAAUUUCGUAUUAUCUCGAUCAUACAGAAAGCGGGAUGCUUUCAUUCUUUGUGUUUUGUUCUAUAUGAAAGAGCAGUAUGAUGUGUAAGAUGUCUAUGAGAGAUUGUUUAUGAACAGGAACUCGCUCUAUCUGUGAAAAAACAUGAAUGUAGCAACGUGCAUGUGUAGACAUAGUUGGACAGGAAUUAGAACGCUCUUAUCAUAGAAAACAAGGAUUGGCUGGGAGAUUUUUGUCACAUCCUGGCCUGUAGAGAACUCAUUUCAAGAAGUCAAUAAAAUCAUCACCUUUAGUAGUAUCUUUGAUGUUUUUAGUUUAUUUUGGAUGGUUAGCCUCCAAUCUGGAUUGCCCUAUUAAACCCAAGCAUUUCAAUAGGUUUAGGUGUUUCUCAAUAAAUUCUUCUCAUUCCCACCCAGGUCCUUAGUAAUGGGAACACAUUGAUAUUGAAUAAGGUCACUCGUGAAGACGGUGGAACCUAUGUAUGUAAAGCAAUAGUGCCACGAAUCGGGACCAUGGAACGGGAAGUGACGCUGACAGUAAGAGGUGAGGAAAGUGGUGCCAGUGUAACUAUUACGAUGAUCUCAGAACCUGAUGCCAGACAUUGUGCAGUUAGUCCUCUAAACGUGUACAGUUACUGCGUUAAUUUCACAUGAAUGUAGCGGCCACUAGUAAUGUUUAGAAGGUAAAAGGACUGAUAUGAGACGUUCAUCAGGUUUAUUCACUGAACCCUGAAUUGUAGGAAAUUGAAAACUCAACAUCGAAAUUUAAAGGGACACUAGAGUCACCAGAACUAUUGCAGAUUAAUGCAGUGGUACUGAUAUCUAUAGUAUGUCCCUGCAAGCUUUUUAAUGUAAGCACUUUAUACCUUUUUAGAGAAAAUAGCUUCCUAGUAACACCUCUUGGAGCCAUCAUGCAGACAGCCAGUAGAGGUGCUUCCUUGUUUCAGUCCUGCAAUGUUUACCAGACCUAUGUUCACCAUCUCCACACUGCGCGUGGAGAUGCUGAACGCUCCCCAUAGAGAUGCACUGAUUUAAUGCUGAUUUUGCCACGCAUGCGCACUAGCCUCCCAUUGACUCGCUAUUAUCAAUUUUGAUUAUGUCAGGAAGCGGGGCGGCAGCACAGCAUUUGUAUUCCUAUUACUAUAGUCUUCCUUAAAUAUAAAUAGGUGAAUUGGAAAAAUCCCCCUAUCCAGUUCUAGUCACAGCUUUUAUCCUACAUGUUUCCAUUCAGUUUUACAGUUUUUUAUAAUUCAGAACUUGUGAGACAGUUUGUACAGUUUCUUUUAUCAUUAGUUUCUGUUUUCAUUGAUCAAAUUGAAACAUUGGAAUAAUUGUGUUAAUUCUUCUGUUGCCCAUUCAGGUCCCCCAGUGAUCACAAGCGAUACACACUUUGAAAGCACUCUCGGAGGAAAGGCACGACUUGAGUGUCUCGUUGAAACGAUGCCCACGCCAGACAGAAUUGUAAGUUCCAUAUAUUCUGAACUAUUGUCCCCCUCUGUUAUUCAUAAGAGAUAUUUUGUGACACCUUCUCUCACUACUGAGUACCAUAAGGUAUCUAUCUCAAUGUUGGUCUUCUUGCUGUCUUCUCACUCCUCUUAUCCAUGGUCCAUCAGAUCUGGACAUGGGAUACGAACACCCUUGAAGAUGGUUCAUGGGGUCGUUUUUCCGUUGAGACAAGAGUUACAAACGAAGAAGCCGCUUCAUUCCUGAUUAUCGAUGGAGCAGAACAGUCUGAUUUCCAGACGGAGUUUAACUGCAGUGCAUUAAAUGAAUUUGGAGAGGAUUCGAUCAUUAUCUCUCUGAGACAGCAAGGUGAGUCCAUUUUCUCAAACUCCCAAUAUGUUCAUUAAAAAUGAACAAAACACCUAUUUCAUCAACACAAGUUUUUAGGCAAGACCUCAAGGUUGCUAACCAGCUUCAAACACACGUGCUUUUUGGACUUUCUAUUUAUGGGACGUUCCUUUAAUUACUUUGUAUUAUUUUAAUUUGUUUCCUGUUAUUGGAUUAAUAAAAGUGUUGUAACCCCCUGAACCUGCGUUCUCCGGCGGUACACUUGAUCCAAUCUUGGGAAGGACCCAGCUGAAGUCCAAAUGGUGAUUUAUUCGAGGCAUGCAGUUUGAGACAGCUUUAUAAGUGGCUCCACUUGUGUGAGUGAGACCAGUACAGAAUUUUUAAGUUUCUCAUUUUAAACGUUAUGUUUUUUUCCAUUUGUGUUUAUUUUCAGAACCUGAUCCUAAAUUGGGUAAUAUUACUUCUCUUUAUCUGAGUGCUCUCACCAUUUUCUUUUUAACCUAUUAUAUCAACACCUUCACAAUAAUUUACUUUGAUUGUCUCAAGCUUACAAAUAAAUCGAGAACUUUCGAGAGCUAUUUUUUUUUUUGUAAUUUGAUCAUCCAAGGCCUACAGACCACACGAUACAUUAGCAGCCUUCAAUACUUUGGACCAAAACUUUUUGUAAGCAAUAUUUUAUUCUCCCCCCUACAAUACCUUAAUUUAACAUCAGUAUAGAACAGCAGCUAUGCAACGAUCACAAUCAUUGACAUUGAUAUGCAAAUAUUCCCUAUUCUUAAAGUAUGCUAAUGAGAGGAGAACAGUUCUAUACCCUUCUUUAUAUAAAAAAAGCAGACAAGCAGACAGUGAGUGAUUAAUUGCCAAUAAAGCUGCAACAUGAAAAAUAUGAGAUAUUGGUGGCUAUAAAAAUCAGUUUUAAAAAUGUCUUUGUUUUCCAAAUAUAAAUAGUUAACAAUACAUGCUUUUGUAGAAAUAUUUCAUAAAUUAUGUUGUACUGUUUAUUUUAAAAAAUAUAUCUUAUUAUUUAUUUAUUUAUUUUAAAUAAGGAACACUAAUAUAAAAUAUUAGAACUACAUUUAAAGGAGGUCACAGGCAUCCUGGUUUAAUAUCAGCUGUUUAACCCUAAAGAGAAAUAAACGUAUUCAUUUCGCUUUCAUUGCCUGUGAUGGAUUCCAAUGUGGCACUAUCAUGGCAGAGCUGUCAGUAAGAUCUUGUCCAUCUUUUACAGCCGCUUUGCCUCUAACUCUCUUGGCGAUCGCCUUGGGCUCGGGGACGCUUUUCCUCUUUGUACUUGUGACAAUCUCUGUGCUGUGUUGCCGGCGACCACGAAAGAGUAAGUAUGGCUUGUGUCUGACGUUCUGAUAACCUCUGGCUCUGUCUCUUUGGUUACAUCAGUUCCUCCAUUGUACUAAUCCUGCCGUCAGUCCAUGAGUAGAACAUUAGAAAGACAAUGAUGUUUUGGAUCUUUAACCUACUGUCUUCAAAAAGAUCCAUGUGGAAAAGUCUGUGUAGCCAUUUUCUGUCUAGCAACUCCAUUGGAUGGCUGCAUACACACAUCUCUUAUUUCAAUAUUUGAUGUGGUCCUAUUGAGACUCUUCCUUUGCCAUCGUCAGAUUAUAUUCUAAAUUUGGCACAGAGUAUUUCUGACACUCGUAAGCUCUUACUUCCAUUAUCGUCCGUUUGUUCUUGAGCAUUGCUUUCUGACUGGCCGCAUCGAUGUUGGCCCUACAGUUACAUAUCAAUUCUAUAUAAAUUAUUAGAUUACAUCAGUGUUUUAGCAGGCUCAGGUCCAGCAAAGCACUUCUCUAAAUGAUCUAAACACUUUAUUUGGAAAAAUGUUGAAUGGAACUCUUCUAGAUCUUUCUUUAUUUCUCUCUUCAUCUAACAGUGAUUUAUUCUGUGGAUUCUUUAAUUGCUUUUAACCUUGUUGAAUAUGUUGGCACUUUAAAAAAAUAAAUAUUUUUUAAUAAAUAAUUAUCUAGCCAGUCUCGUAGACAUCGCUAUCAAAUUGCAUACAUGUUUCUCUGGCGCCCUCUAGUGGUCUCUAGUGAUUUCUCAAACAGUCCGUAUAAUAGUAUCUGUCCAUAUCUAGAUGUGAAGGACACUCAGAUCUUGGCGGUGGAUGUGUCUGGGAGUGAGCCCAGUGAAAAGCACCCGAGUGAUUCUGAAGAAGACCUCAAGGAGCCACUGGUGAGACAAUUUACCCCAAAUUGCAGAGAGAAAGAGGGGGGUUGUGGCUGAGGGACAAGGGGCAAAAGAGGGGAGGAGGGAAUAGACUGGGAAUAAUAUAGCCUUUAAAAGAACUGGAGCCUUAUGAACUGUUAAUCGUUUUUAAGAAAAACUCCAGAUUUACAUACGAUAAUCGGGACUCACUAAUUUCCAAUGAAUAUUUUAUGAUGUCAAAGUACAACGUUAAUACGUCAUGCUUGAAGUACGUGUGGCGUUGUGCGAGCUGUGUGCAGCGUCAUGGCGUGCCAAAUGUAUAUUUCAUGGCAUAGAGUGCCAAAAAAGUCACUUGUGGCAGAUUUUCAGAGGAUUUAAGACAGAUGUCAAUGAAAGACACCUGAGUAUAACUCAUAAAAAAUAACCUCUUCUUUCAAUUUCAAGGUUGAUAAAAUCUAAAGGGUUAAAAUAAGAAAUCUUUAAAGCACAUUCUUUUCAUUAACAUUGUCCAGGAGUUCAGAAAGUCUGCAUCUCAGUUACCUUAACAUCAGAAUUUCUUGGGACAGAAUUCUCAAUUUCAGAUGUUUUAGAUAAACCCAUUAGUCAGGUUUAGCUGGCAAUGGGGCAGGGAUUCUAUGAAAAUCAACCAAUAAAAUUUACAGAGAAUGUUAAUUUAUUCUUUUGUUAUUUUGUCAAUUACAUCACAAAAAAACAAAAUAAACAAAAAAAGAUCUGGGUAGAUUUGUCCAACCUGUAAAGGUCUGUCUUGUACAGUUUGACUUAAAGGACCACUAUAGUGCCCUGAGGGAAACGCCCGGCUCUGGAAGGGGGAAAGGGGUUAAAACUUACCUUUUUCCAGCGCUGGGCGGGGAGCUCUCCUCCUCCGAUCCUCCUCUUCUCCUCCCAUGCGGCUGAAUGCGCACGCGCGGCAAGAGCUGCGCGCGCAUUCAGCCGGUCACAUAGGAAAGCAUUAUCAAUGCUUUCCUAUGGACGCUGGUGUGCUCUCACUGUGAAAAUCACAGUGACAAGCUCGCAAGCGCCUCUAGCGGCUGUCAAUGAGACAAUUGGAAUUGGGGGAAGGCUUAACCCAUUCAUAAACAUAGCAGUUUCUCUGAAACUGCUAUGUUUAUAAAAGAAUGAGUUAAGCCUAGCUGGACCUGGCACCCAGACCACUUCAUUAAGCUGAAGUGGUCUGGGUGCCUAGAGUGGUCCUUUAAGGCGAAAAGACGGCUGUCUGAUCAUACUGGGAGUAGCAGUUCAAUAGAUGGACUAGGAUUGUAGCUCUGAUAUAAAGGGAAUCAACACAGUAAAGGAGGAGACUAUAUUUAAAAGAAGAAAAACUACCACAACAAGAGGACAUAGUCUUAAAUUAGAGGGACAAAGGUUUAAAAAUAAUAUCAGGAAGUAUUACUUUACUGAGAGGGUAGUGGAUGCAUGGAAUAGCCUUCCAGCUGAAGUGGUAGAGGUUAACACAGUAAAGGAGUUUAAGCAUGCGUGGGAUAGGCAUAAGGCUAUCCUAACUAUAAGAUAAGGCCAGGGACUAAUGAAAGUAUUUAGAAAAUUGGGCAGACUAGAUGGGCCGAAUGGUUCUUAUCUGCCGUCACAUUCUAUGUUUCUAUCUCACUGAAUAUUAAUAUUUCGUGGUCUUUUCUCUCUGCAGCACACAGACACAGAAUCCCGAGGGACGUCACAGACUGAACACAGUGAGAUCCCCGAUGAACCGCAGGUAUACUCACAGUCAGUCAGUCGGACCCUGUGAUGGCUAGUUUUUGUAUUUCACAUUGAGUGAACUCUAAUUCACUUGUGGCGCAGAUGGUGCUGCAGAGUUUGUGAGAUACAAAUUGCACUCAGGGUGACUGAGAAUCAAGAGAAUUGUCGUUUAUUACCACAUAUAAAACUAACUUUAACAAAAACAGGGACUUAUAUUGAACUACAGUAAUAAAACAAACAAUUAUCGUUUAUACUCGUGUAUAAGUCGAGAAAUUUUAGUUGUAAAUUUCAUUUAAAAACGCAGAGUCGACUUAUCCACGGGUCAGUGCUAGUUUUGUACAUUCAAUGCGGGGAAAUUUCGACUCCCAAACGCUUCCAUAGACAACUCAGAGAUCCAUGCCGUCUAUGUAUCACUGCCUGCGUUCGGGAGACAAGUUUGUUUGAACACGUGCAUUCGUAUAUACGAAUGGUGGUCACCCAGGGAAUGCUUGUUUGUGGUUAACAGCCAGGGGUGGUCGGUGGUUACCAGGUGGUAACAAGAGGGACCACACAGAGUCUGUUCGGUAACCGAACAGAAGGGGAACAAUUCCAUUAGAAUGUAGGGAGAUACUAGAAACAAGGUACAAAUAACGGAACACAACUUAUCCACGAGUCAUAGCAUAUUUCACAAUUGUUGGUCAAAAAACUGCAUUCCACUUAUAGACGAGAUCGACUUAUAGACUUAUGUUGUUGGUGUGUCUGGGUGUGUAACAGAGCUCCACAGCAAUAAUACUCCCAGUAAUGUGUCUGAGUGUGUAACAGAGCUCCACAGCAAUAAUAUACAAGUAAUGUGUCUGAGUGUAUGUGUCUGUGUGUAUAACAGAGCUCCACAGCAAUAAUACUCCCAGUAAUGUGUCUGAGUGUAUAACAGAGCUCCACAGCAAUAAUACUCCAAGUAAUGUGUCUGAGUGUAACAGAGCUCCACAGCAAUAAUACUCCCAGUAAUGUGUCUGAGUGUAUAACAGAGCUCCACAGCAAUAAUACUCCCAGUAAUGUGUCUGAGUGUAUAACAGAGCUCCACAGCAAUAAUACUCCCAGUAAUGUGUCUGAGUGUAUAACAGAGCUCCACAGCAAUAAUACUCCCAGUAAUGUGUCUGAGUGUAUAACAGAGCUCCACAGCAAUAAUACUCCCAGUAAUGUCUGAGUGUAUAACAGAGCUCCACAGCAAUAAUACUCCCAGUAAUGUGUCUGAGUGUAUAACAGAGCUCCACAGCAAUAAUACUCCCAGUAAUGUGAGUGAGUGUAUAACAGAGCUCCACAGCAAUAAUACUCCCAGUAAUGUGUCUGAGUGUAUAACAGAGCUCCACAGCAAUAAUACUCCCUGUAAUGUGUCUGAGUGUAUAACAGAGCUCCACAGCAAUAAUACUCCCAGUAAUGUGUCUGAGUGUAUAACAGAGCUCCACAGCAAUAAUACUCCCAGUAAUGUGUCUGAGUGUAUAACAGAGCUCCACAGCAAUAAUACUCCCAGUAAUGUAUCUGAGUGUAUAACAGAGCCCACAGCAAUAAUACUCCCAGUAAUGUGUCUGAGGGUAUAACAGAGCUCCACAGCAAUAAUACUCCCAGUAAUGUGGCUGAGUGUAUAACAGAGCUCCACAGCAAUAAUACUCCCAGUAAUGUGUCUGAGUGUAUAACAGAGCUCCACAGCAAUAAUAAUACCCAGUAAUGUGUCUGAGUGUAUGACAGAGCUCCACAGCAAUAAUACUCCCAGUAAUGUGUCUGAGUGUAUAACAGAGCUCCACAGCAAUAAUACUCCCAGUAAUGUGUCUGAGUGUAUAACAGAGCUCCACAGUAAUAAUACUCGCAGUAAUGUGUCUGUGUAUAACAGAGCUCCACAGUAAUAAUACUCCCAGUAAUGUGUCUUUAAACUAUAAUAAAUGUGUUUACAAAACAGUCUGUGUAAAUAAGAUGCAUUGUUCUUGUUCACACCCCUAAAAUGAAAGUGUCCUUCUUUGUCCAUGUGAAAUGUUGGGAGGAAUGCCCUAACAUAUAAUUUUUGGUUGUGAUGGAAUUUAACUGCAUUUUCAACACAUUAAAGGAACACUAUAGGGUCAGGAACACAAACAUGUAUUUCUGACCCUAUAGUGAAAACCCACCAUUUAGGGGUCUUGCCCCCUACACCUUUAAAUGUUUAAAACCCACCUUAUUUCCAGCGCCGCGCGGCCCCGCUUCUUGGUGACAUCAUCAAAAUUGCCGAUUUUUAGCCAGUCCAAUGCUUUCCAAUGGGGAAAGCAUUGGAUUGGCUAAAAUUGUCAAGAGAGCGGGGCCAAACGCUGUUUUGGCCAAUCAGCACCUCCUCAUAGAGAUGCAUUGGAUCAAUGCAUCUCUAUGAGGAAAAUUCAGCGUCUCCAUGCAGAGCGUGAGGACGCUGAAUGGCAGGGCUGCUUACUGUGCAGCACUGAGCCAGGAAGCACCUCCAGUGGUCAUCUGAGCAGUGGCCACUUGGAGGUGUCCCUAGGGGCAAUGUAAACACUGCCUUUUCUCUGAAAAAGCAGUGUUUACAUGAAAAUGCCUGAAGGGAGCUAUUAUACCCACCAGAAGAAAUAAAUUAUGCUGUAGUUGUUCUGGUGACUAUAGUGUCCCUUUAAAUAUUAAUUAUACCCUGAUAAAGGGCUUCAUUAGCGUGGAGUCACCUCUGAAAAUGGGAUCAUUUUUAGACAAGGACAUUGCUCCUCAUGAUACUGAAUAUGUCUUUAAAUGUCAAGCUGUUUCUGAGACUGUUGUUGUUUACAGGAUCCAACCAAUGGAUACUACAAAGUACGAGGUCAAGACGACUCUCGCCCCACCACUGUCUCCUACCCAGAAUUCUCCACUCCCCCAAGGCCUCUCUACUCAACUCCAGCUACUCUUACACCUCUGUGUGCUGCUCCCUCAUUGCAAGGACCAGCCAAGGUAUAUGACUACUCGCACCGAUAUGCCACAACCCCACGCCAUUCCAGUGAGCGAAUCCACAUGCCACAGGGCCCCUCGCACAUGCUGCUAGGACCUGGUCACCAUCAAGCACCGUACGCUAGAGCGUUUUGUAGUUACGUUCGCCCUGAACGCUACGAUACACUGGAGACAGGGCCUACACUCUCACGCCUUUCCUACGCAUCCAUCUCCACGUCCUGUGACUAUGGAAGACCCACACAACGUAUGCAGACUCAUGUGUGAUCUUCUCUAUCUUUACUCAUACCAAAAUGGCUGAGGAAAAAUCAAGCAUAAAGAUUAUGGCUUGGAACAAACAAAACAAAAAAAUCUAGCGUGUGGCCAUCUUGUGUUCAAAAUGGCUGCCUUAUGUCUUCCUGUUGACAUUUUGCUACUGCACUAAACAACCUUUGUAAGUCCACAAACAAAGUGUAAUGAGACAAAAUGGAGGCCUAAGGACUUGUGUGAAGCAAGUGGAAAGCGUUAAAAUGUACAAUAAGGACUUCCGAGGAGAAGCACACUAUUUCCUCACCCACCAAAUGGCAAGAAAAACCAGAAAGUCGUUUCACUGACAUUACUUAUCCUAUAAAACUGGACAUAGGAGGCAACGGAUACGUCUCUGGAAUUCCAUGCAAAUACAAAAAUAUAGUAUUAUAGUAGCUCAUUUUUGAGCAGUCGAAGACAAAUGAUGAAUCAGCAUGCAAGCUGUCAAAAUAGUGACACUUAGUGGCCAUGCUGGGUAUUGCAUUGUUAAAUGCCUUUAAUAUUUUGAAAUGAAAGUCUGUGGCACUGUAUAUAGACUAGAUAACAAGGGCAUUUUAGUUGCUGUUUUUUAUUUUUAAUAUACAAUCAGACCUAAAUAAACCUUAAAUGGCAUAUUUAUAUAGUUUAACCCUAGACGUGCUGGGUUCAUACCUUGUUCCCGGUUCUGGCACACAAGGGAGUGAUAUAUUAAGGUGUGAUAAUAUGGGGAUAUUCUACCCAGUACAAAUAUAUAUAUUAAUAAAUAUAUCUUUAUGAUAUCCCUGCAAACAGUCAUUGCACUUAUCACGCGUUAGUAAAUCUCUCUGGGAAGGGUUAAUGAGAUUGGAUUUGAAUUUCUGUGAAAGCGAUUUCUAUUUAUGGAGCUUUAAGUGGGAGUUAGAUGAAUCUUCUUACUUGGCUCGUAUUGACGUUAUUAUGCGCAUCAUGUUGGAUAUUAUGAGAUAUUUUGUACCCUUUGCUCACCAAGCGGCCUGCUAAUUAUUUAUUAACCCAUUCCACUCCCCUAUCGCCUGCAACGUGCGUUCCUCCGUAGUCUGAAAACAGAGCAAAAGAUUAAAUGUUUUCAUUUCCACUGCUUGUAACUGAAGGUAGUUCACCGAACGAUGUUUACAAUGUAUGUAUAGAGUGUAAAACACACAAUGCACAUUUAUUCAUUUGUAAAAGCGUCUCUCAUUUACACAUAUGUCUGUGUGGUGAUGUCACACGCAGGGCCAGUGUAGAGAAAAUCUAUUGGAUUCUAGUUCUCCAAACUCGCUUGAAGUCUUGUUAGUAUUGUCUCCUUGGUAUAAGUCCCCUUUAAUUAAAGAUUGCUUAGAUCCCAGCAGACUUUUUCUGCUGAUUCAGAUGACCCCAGGAGGCUGUGAUGAUUGAUGUCAUAUUCUGAUAUUCAGAGAUAUGUGAUUCUAUCAGAGAAAUAAUGGACUGUGUGAUAGCUGGCGUGUUAUAUCAUUCAAUGACCUUCUCUGGAUCGUGGAUAGGGUGGGCAUAACAUGAUAUGGGGGAGUUUCAUAGAGUAGGCAUAACGUGAUAAGGGUAAAGGUUAUAGGAUCGGCAUAAUGUGAUAAGAUGAGGGAAAUACCUUCAAAUACAGCUCCUAACACACUUUAUAUACAACACCCACAUCAUUCCUACAUGAAAUGCACGCACCCACAUAUAGAGCAUUAACUGAACCCAACUCCACACACAGCACCCUCAUAGCACCCCACACCUCACACAGGGCCCUCAUAACACCCCACACCUCACACAGUGCCCUCACACCUCACACAGGGCCCUCAUAGCAUCCUAUAACACACAAAGCGCCCUCAUAGCAUCCCACACCACACACACGGUGUGCAUCCUAUAAAACACAUAGUGCCCUCAUAACAUCCUAUAACACACACACGGCCCUCAUAGAACCCCACACCACACACAGGGCCCUCAUAGAACCCCAAACCACACACAGGGCCCUCAUAACACCCCACACCUCACACAGCGCCCUCAUAGCAUCCUAUAACACACAUAGCGCCCUCAUAACAUCCUAUAACACACACACGGCCCUCAUAGCACCCCACACCACACACAGGGCCCUUAUAGAACCCCACACAGGGCCAUCAUAACAUCCCACACCUCACACAGGGCCCUCAUAGCAUCCUAUAACACAUCACUUUUUGCAUGGAAUGAGACAUUAGUGAAUUAAAAUGUUUUCUCUUGACAUUGAAAGUUAUUUUACACUUUAACUCGCCCUCUGUGACUCCUGCUCUGAAUCCAUUUUCCUGCCUUAAUAAUUUUUUCCAUUGCCUGUGAAGAGAAGUUCCUGCUCUAAAUAUCAUAUUAUAUGUAUAAUUAUACAUCAGAUUUUGGCUUCCCCGGUUUUUCUUUUCUUAUGUGUGUUUUCUAAAUUGCAAAAAUGAUUGUUUUUCUAUCUGUAAAG